UUGUCAACAGACGAGCGAGAGUUACCGGCUCACGGCUGUUGAUUACUUGGUGCGCACAUUUCGGUUGUGUUAAAGUUAUAAAUAAAUCGAAUUUAUAUCAUAAAACAUAUCUAAAUAAUAUACAUAAAAAUGCUAGCAAAAAAACUAUUCACUCUAGUGUUUAUAAACAAAGAAGAUCAAAUAUUAUUGGGCCUAAAGAAGCGCGGUUUCGGUAUAAACAAAUGGAAUGGUUUCGGCGGGAAAGUGGAGCCUAACGAAACUAUAUUGGAAGCAGCAGCGAGAGAAUUAAAUGAAGAAUGUUGUGUGAGCGUUAAGCCCAGUGACUUGAAGAAUAUCGCUCAUCUAGAGUUCACUUUUGAGGGGCAGCCUACGUUAAUGGAUGUACGAGUGUUUUCCACAAACGUUUUUGAAGGAAAUCCAAAGGAAACAGAAGAAAUGCUGCCUAAAUGGUUCAAGAAUACUGAAGUUCCCUUCGACGACAUGUGGCCUGACGACAGGAUAUGGUUCCCUUACAUGCUGCAAGGCCAGAAGUUCUUUGGUAAAUUCCACUAUGAAGGGUUCGAUAAAAUACUCAAUUAUAAAAUCGAGGAAAUAGAUUGCAUGAAGACAUUCUAUGCUAACAGAAAAUCAACAUAAUUUUAUUGUCAAUGUUAUGAACAUACUUUUCUUAUUGUUUUUUACUUUAUUUUGUUAACGUAACAAACUUUUGUGUUUUACGAUAUUACUUUUUAAGGCUGUGAAGCUAUUUGUGUGUUAUAGUAAUAGUUAUCAUGUGUUUGUUAUUGUGUGCAAGUUAAUUUUAUUGUUGUCACAAAUAUUGUUAGUAAUUAUCACAGUAAAAUAAUUCCUAUGACUAUGUGAAACAUAGUCUCUAGCAUUUCAUUACCAUUGGAAUUUAACUUGAGAUUUAUUUCAUCUAACAAUUUGUCUAGUAAUUAGGUUUUAAAUAUAAGCGGGUACUCUCUACUAACAUAAUAUGUUGACAAAGCCACCUGAUUAGAUAAUAGAUUGAUGUGAUCUAGAACUUAAAAUUAGUAUUAGAAUCUCUAAUAGAACAUCAUUAUAAUUAUUAUCAAAUAAAAAAAUAUUAUUCAUAA